AAACAGCGCAUGAAUAAUCGACCGAAUUCAUUUAUUGUUGCCUUUAUUUUUUUUCUUUUCGUUUGAUGGGGGUGAAAUAGAAUUCAAGUAAGCAAGAUAUUAGUGAGGUUGUUAGUUUCUGCUGUGAUAUAUCUCGAAGUAAGCUUCGACUUCAAAAGAGAUAGCGGUGGCGAAGAUGAGUGUGCAGGUGUCAAUCAGCGGGCCCGUGUUUGCUCAAUUAUUGCGUCAACAUGCGGUCAGCCCAAACAAUCAGGAGGGCCUCUUGUUUGGCGAAAUUAGUGAACGACGCGUCAAUCAGAUCAAUGAUCAGGCUGCCGUUAAUGAACAUAAUGAAGUCACCCUCAAGGUCUGCUCUUUUAUUAAAUUCGAGCCGUUCGAGAUCUAUGAUCAGAACCUUAAGCUUUUACCCGAUCCUCUAAGAGAAAUGGAAGCUGGCUUAAAUGGAGCCAAGGUAAUCGGCUAUUAUUGUUUUCGAAGGAACCUGCCUCUCACGGCUACUUACAGGGAGCACGUCAUAUCGAAUGCCUUGGCUAAAGCCUCGUGCGGGCAGCCGUUUGUGCUCGGCCUAUUUUCGACAACGUUUAAUGACAACUAUUCUAUACAUUCGAUGGAUCACUCGUUUCAUAUAGUUACACCUCAAAACGAUGGCGGAUCAAGACUUGGUGCGGCAAGUCUGCGAGUAGUAAACCUGGGCGAAGAUGCGCGUCAGGAGUAUAGAACCCAACCAGGAUCUGCUGCGUCGCUCGAGCGCGGUUUUUUCAGCGACCUUGCCAAAAGCAUUCCGUACAAUGGGAGGGAAGAUAGGAAUGUUCAAUUGCUAAACCAACUCCACAAUAAUCUUCAAAAGAAGCUUAACGCUCUGGCUAGAGAGAUCACGGAAACACUUCAGCUUCAUGAAGAGACAACCCAGUCAUAUGAACAACGUCACCAAUAGGCUGGUUCCAAAUUAUAAGUGGAUCUUGUGAUUUUAUCGCAAAUAUCAGAAAAUGUUUCUGCGCCAGUUGAUGCAGAACAGUGAAUAUCGCAACUGUUAUAUUAUUUUCCUAUUAAUGGUAAGAAAAAUAGCGGUGAUACACAAAAAGCAAUGCGUGCUAUGAAUGUAUUUGCGGGCUUCAACUGCAAGCGGUAGAAGCAAACUAAAUUUUUUUAAUUUUGAAAGCGUUUGUAACAGCCCUUACAAACGAACACAAAACGAAGCAAAGAAAAACGACUGCUUAUGCGUGAUAUAAUAAAAAUGUACGCGUAGUAUAUUCGACUAGCGGGCAAAUUUUUGCAUGUCACACUAAAUCUGCAACAAAUAUCAUACAAGCAAAUUUAAAAUUAUUUUCUACGUCGACAACGACAACAACCAUUGGCUGACUACGGCUACGUAAUAAAUAUAUG